AUGAAUGCGUCUAUACAAUUUCAUCCAGUUCAUGGUGAACAUAUUAAAUUAUCACGAAAUAAUACAGUAGCAAAACGUGUUGAUAGUUUUUGUAAAGGCAUUUGUUUCAGUAAUCGAAUAGUUCAAAUACGUGAAAAAGUUUAUGUUCGUCUUCUCAAUAAAAGUGUUCAAUGGACAGGUUUUCUUCGUCUUGGUGUAACAACAUGUGAUCCUAAUACUCAUCGAACAUCAUCUUCCUUGCCUCGUCAUGCAUGUCCUGAUUUAACUUGUCGGCCUGGUUAUUGGGCGAAAUGUGUACCAGAAAAUUGCUUUGAUGUAACAAAUAAAUUAACUUAUUUUUAUGUUGAUGAAAAUGGUGAAUUAUUUCUUAAUACACCUACUGGAGAAAUUUCUCUAUUGACUGGAAUAGUUGUACAAGAACCACUUUGGGCAUUAUUAGAUAUCUAUGGUAAUUGUAUAAGUAUUGAAUUAGUUGAUGAUCUUCAACAACGUCCUGUUCCACUCAAUGAUAGAUUUCGUAAUAUAAAUGCAACAGUUACAACACCUUUUUUUAAAGAUAUUCGAAAUGAUCUGAGUCCAUUACCAUUUAUACUUGUACAUAGUCCAUCAAUAACAUUUUUAUCAUCGCCAUCUAAUACUGCUUCUAAUCAAUCAAUUGUUCUAUAUGAUAAUACAAAAAAUACCGAUGGUCUUGUCUUCUUUUCGGAACCAUUAACAAUAAAUUCAGGUUUAUUACUACAAAUCGUAAGUAUUCUAUCACCAAAUGAAUCUUCUUUACGUCCAACAACAGCAUCAGCAUCAAAUUCGUUGACAUCACAUAUACAAUUCGGUUUAACAAACUGUAUUAUAAAAGAUUUAAUACGUACAAAAGAAUUUCCAUUUGAUAUUGAACAAAUAAAUAAUCGUUCGGAAUUUUGGAUUAUACAAGAUUUUAAAUUAGGAAAUAAAACAACAAUUGAUCGUGAUGAUGAAUUUUUAUUUACAUUUAAUCAAGAUGGUAUUAUUGAAUAUUCACAUAAUAAUUCUAAACUAAAGGAUUUUAUUCAUGUUGAUCCGAAUCUUAAUUAUUAUCCAUUUCUUGUUUUUAAAGGUGAUAUUGUAGCGAUACGUUCUAUAGGUUAUUUAAAAACUCUUGAAAAAUGUCGAUCAUUACAACAAAUACAUCCUCUAACAAAAUUUAAUCAAGAAUUAUCUUCAACAAUUAAUAAUAAUGACAAUAAUGUUAAUAAUAAAAGUAUUGGUAUUAAAGAUGAAAGUGAUUCGAAAUUAAAUCAUGAAUGUACAGUAUGUUUUGAUCGAAAACGAGAUACAGUACUUAUUCCUUGUGGACAUAUUUGUUUAUGUUAUUCAUGUGCAGAUGAAUUAUAUCAACGUGGAACAAGACAAUGUCCAAUCUGUCGAGCAACAAUAACUUCUAUUAAUAAAGUUUAUUUGGCUUAA